UACGUCAUCAGCGCGCGCCGAAUUCAACAUGGCGAGUGUUGUUUAGUUGUUAUUGAUCCGCGGUUCCGAAUAAACCCACAAUCCUUGAAUCCAGCGGCCUUCUCUCAUCUUUAUCCACCAUGAGCGAUGAGAAGCAAACAGAGGGUCGCAAUUUCUUCAUGGGUUACGAUGAUCUGAGCGACAGCAGCAGUGACUCGGACGGUCGUGUCGAACCGGAGCCCGCUCCGAAAGAGUUUAAGGUGUGGAAGAACAACGCCGUUCCUCCCCCACAGACGUAUGUGACGGAGGAGAAGAAGAAAGGAGCUCCUGAUGGAAUGGACAUGGCCAUCAAAUGGUCCAAUGUGUACGAGGACAACGGAGACGACGCCCCUCAAGCCCACGGUGGCCCCGCCCACUUUCUGCCAGAGGAGGAGGAGCCACAGCGGCCAGACUCCGAUGACGAUGAAUCAGAGAAGCAGCAGACGUCUGCUAAGAAGCGUCGCGUGGAAACGUUCCAGCAGAAGGAAAAGAGAAAGCGGGAUAUGGGACAGGCCACGUCAGAUAAGAGCUUUGUGGAAGAGGAGAAGCGAAUCCUGCGUCAGUGUAUCGAGUGACGUGUGCGUUGAGAUUUAACCCGCUCUGUUUGUGUUAAUCCCUGAAUCUUUAGUCUGGGACAUUUAAAAUUAUUAUUCCAGUAUCACGUCCAUGUAAAGAGGGUUUGUUUAAGUCACUUCCCUGCAGGUUGCUUUAACGAUGUGUUUGUGUUUUGGACGUCAUUGUAAGUAUGAUUUCAACUGUAAAUUUGUAGCUUGUAAGGAACAUUCUCCACUGGUUAUGAGAUUUCUUGUAUAUUUCCGAUAAUUUGUAGCUUGGAUAAAAUCCUUCUCUCUUGAGUCUCUGUUUGUAUAUCUCAUAUGUGUAAGUGUGUGUGUGUUUGUACUGAUGUUUUACUGUCACUAGGUGGCGACACUGAAUAAGAUUUGAUCCCAAGUGGCUUCGAAAGCUCAUUGAAAACAUGGAAUUAAAACUGCAUUUAGAAAUGGAAUUCAAUGCAGAAAUUUCAUAAGUAACUAUAGGUUAUGCUCUCAAAUAUUUACUUUCCCAAAACCAUAUACAUGGUAAAAGUGUUUUUUAGUUAUAUAUGACCCUGCAGCACAAAAGCAGUCAUAAGUAGC